AUGCGGAGCCCCUCCUUGCCCUCGUGGGGGCCGCCGCCGCCGCUGCCGCUGCUACUGCUGCUGUUGCCGUGGCCAGUCUGCACCCAGGCGCCCGCCGCAGCCGCCUCCCGGGGAACCCCGGGCGCCCUGGACUGCCCCGAGGCGUGCGUGUGCGCGCCGGGGGGCCAGGCAAACUGCUCGGGGCGAGCGCUGCCCGCCGUGCCAGGGGGUUUGAACCGGCGCGUCCGUGCGCUGCUGCUGAACCACAACCGCGUGCACGCGCUGCCUCCCGGCGCCUUCGUGGACGCCGGCGCGCUGCUCCGCCUGGACCUGCGCGAGAACGGACUGCGCUGGGUGCACGCGCGGGCCUUCUGGGGCCUGGGCGCGCUGGAGCAGCUCGACCUCAGCGCCAACCAGCUGGAGGCGCUGCUGCCCGGCACCUUCGCGCCACUGCGCGCGCUGCGCGCCCUCUCUCUGGCUGAGAACCGGCUGGCGCGUCUAGAGCCCGCGGCGCUGGGCGCGCUCCCGCUGCUGCGCGCGCUCAGCCUGCAAGACAACGACCUGCCUGCGCUCGCGUCCGGGCUCCUGGAGGGCCUGCCGAAUCUCAACACGCUGCGCCUGCGCGGGAACCCCUGGACCUGUGGCUGCGCGCUGCGCCCGCUCUGCGCCUGGCUUCGCGGGCACCCGCGGCACGCGCCAGAGGCCGAGACGCUGCUUUGCGUGUCGCCGGGGCGCCUGACGCUCAGCCCCUUGACCGCCUUCCCGGAGGCCGCCUUCAGCCACUGCGCGCGGUCCCUUGCCGCCCGGGAUCUGGCCGUGGUCUACGCUCUCGGGCCCGUCUCCUUCCUCGCUAGCCUGGCCGCCUGUCUGGCCUUGGGCUCCGCGUUCACCGCCUGCGGCGCUCGCCACCGCCGCCGCCGCCGCCGCCAAGCCGCCGCCCGCCGCCAGCAGAGGAGGCCGCCGGAUCCUGGCCCCGGCACGGCCUCGCCUGCGGCCACCGCCGCUCAAGCUUGA